AUGGACGGCGUGGAUCUCUCGAAAUGCGUGUGCGAGGCGGGCGCGGUGGAGUGGAUCCGCGACUGGUUUCAGGACUGCGUGUACUCGCGCUGGGACCUCCUCUCCUUCCUGGUCGGCCUCGCCUCCAUCGGCUGCUGGCUCGUCGCGCAGCUGCCGCAGUUCAUUCAGAAUAUACGCGUCGGGUCCGCUGACGCGCUCUCGCCCUGGUUCCUCUUCCAAUGGCUCUCCGGCGAUCUGCUGAAUCUGCUGGGCUGUCUGCUGUCCGGCAGCCAGCUCAUCACGCAGACCUUCACCGCCAUCUACUUCAUCUUCGCCGACUGCUGCAUCAUCGCGCAGCUGUCGCCGCGGACUCGCCGUGCCUUAAGCUACGCAUUCCCGCCUUUCUUCCCACCCUCCCCCCCUUUUUCCUUACCUCCUCUUUCGCCCUUUGCCACCACCCAACCCACUUCUUCUCUCCCCUCCCCCCACCGCGCUUCCCCGCAGUACGUGUACUACCAGCUGAAGAACCGCGACUCGCUCGAGCUCGACGCGGACUGCAUGUCGCGCGCGCCGUCGCAGCAGGACGGCUUCAUAGCCGCCGCCGCCUUCUCCUCGCCCUCCGCCGCCCUCCGCCGCCCGCUCCUGUCCGCCAGGCCCGCCGCGCCCGCAGAUCACGCGGAUGCCGCCAGCAGCGGGGCGGUCAGCAGAGCGCUGUCUGUAGUGUCGCCCCCCAAGGGGAAGCCACGACGUGCUGUGGAGGAAAUCCGCGCUUUAGAGAACGAGCUGCCUUAUAGAGAGGUUGUGGCUGGCGGGGCAGCGGCAGCGACAGCAGAGCAUGAGAGUCACGUGCACAGACAGAAGCAGCAGCAGCAGCAGCAGCAGCAGCACCGGCACGAGCACCACAAUUACCACCCGGUAUCGUUCUUGGCUGGCCGCUCAGGCGCUGUGCUCCUCGCCCACGCCUGGCAGGGGCCCCACCUCGCCUCCGACCCCCGGCCCCCCUCCCUCCCACCUCCCCAAGACGCAGGCGCAGUCGGAGCCGAAGCAAACGUGGCAGGAGAAACGGACGUGGCAGGAAGAGCAGACGUGGCAGGAAAAGAAGACGUAGCAGUAAAAGCAGUGGGUCGGCGGCUCAAUGCUGCUGGGCGGAGAGAACAGGGCGCAGGAGCGCGGGGGGAUGGGCGGGGCAGGCUGUUGCGGAUAGCUGAGGAGGGGGAAGGGCGGGCGGACCUGUUCCCUGUGGCGUCAGACAAUACAGGCGGAGGGACGGGCGGGGCAGGGGUGGCGGGUGCAUGCAGCAGGAGACGUGCGACUGCUGACGAGGCAGGGGGAGCAGAGGGACGCAGGGGCGGGGGGCAGGCGGGGCGAGUGCAGUUCGAGGAGCAAGGGGGGAAGGGCGGGGAGGGCGCGGGCGGCGAGGGGCGCAGGCGCAGGGCGUACAGCGGGCGGGAGGUGCGGCGGGUGGUGGAGCAGUAUGGGCUGGAGCACGGCCCUCCGCUGCUGCACGCCCGCCUCACCAUCCACCACCACCCCGCUGCCCCCGCGCCCAGCCCUGCAGCCCUGAUGGGGGGAGAGCAGGGGCAGGCUGGAGGGAUGGGCGCAGGGCGGGAGGGGCAUGGAGCAGCAGGCGUGGGUGGGGCGGGAGGCGGGCACGGGCGUGAGGGUGGGGCCCCGCAUGGAGAGGGGGGUCACGUGAAGCAGGAGGGGACAGCUGCUGAGGGAACGGGUGCCUCGGCUGCUGUAGCAAGUGCAGCUGCCACCGUGCCUGCUACCACUGGGGAAGGUCCAUCCGAGGGAGGUAACUCUUCUGGUGGAGGGGCAGCAGGGCCCAGGCCGCAGAAGGCGGGGGCGCUGUCUCUGCUGCUGGGCUCGCUCAUGCUGCUGGCACUCGCGUCCUCUGCUCUCAACCCUGCAGAUCAAGGGGAUGCGCUUACAGCACUACCCACUGGCGCUGGUCCGUGCAGAGGGGGCAAGUGCAGCAGGGCGUGGUGGGGGACAGGUGAGGUAGAGGCGGCGGCAGGGAGGAAGCUGCUGGCAGUGCAGGCGAGGGAGAGGCAGGCACAGUGGCAUCAGCUGCGGGGGGAGCGGCAUGCGUGGCAGCAGCAGGCGGGUGUGGAGGUGGGGAGAGCGAGGCCUGGCAACAGCACGCUCUGCCUGCUGCAUCCCCACCACCCCAACUGCCGGACCGGUGCUGCUGCUGCGCGUGCGGAUGGUGGCAGUGCAGUGAGUGAUGGUGGCAGUUUGGCAGGUAGGGAGGCAGGUGUGGUGCUGCAGCUGCUUCCCCCUGUGCUUCCACUCGCUGACAGACUGAGCAAGGAGCAAAAGGACGCGGGGGAGAGGGGCGGGAGGGAGAGGGACAGGGAGGAGGGGGAUGCAGAGAUGGCAGCGUGCAGGGCGGAGAGGAAGCGGCGGAGGAAGGAGCCCAGCAAGUUCAUUCACCAGCUGGGCCUCAUGCUCGGGUGGGUGUCAGCGGGCUUCUACCUGGGCUCGCGGGUGUCGCAGAUCUGGCAGAACGCGGAGCGCGGGUCAGCAGAGGGGCUCUCCAUGGCCAUGUUCCUCUGCGCCUUCUGCGGCAACCUCACCUACGGCACUGCCAUUCUGCUGCGCGCCCCUUCUCUGUACGCUAUUCUGCUGCGCGCCCCUUCUCUGUACGCUAUUCUGCUCCAAGCCCCUUCUCUUCAGCCCUGCACGCAAGGCGGCACUGAGUGGCAACCUGCCAUGGCUGGUGGGCAGUAUGGGGACUCUCUCCCUAGACAUCACCAUCUACCUGCAGGCCCAGUUUCUGAGCUGCAAGAAGGAACUCACAUCUGUCGUUCGUCCCAUCACUGUCUUAUGACUAGUGCGCCCCCUUCUGCGCUGCUUCUCAGCAUGGCGUCACACACCUGA